CGCCGUCGUCCUCGUUAUCGUCGUCGUCGACUUGGUACAAUCGUCAUUUACCUGUGACGUAAAUCGCGUCGUCACAGAGUCAUCUAAGAAGAAGGGAGCGGCGUGCUCGAAGGAGGGAGUAAAACGCGGGACGGAAGUCGGAAGAGAGCCAAAGAGGAUAGGAAGAGGGAGAGAGAGUGAGGAAGUGCGUGCGUCGUAAUCGGCGAGGAGGAGAGAGAUUUCGGCAUCUCGACGAAAUCAUUCGCUGGGAUAUAUCGUGUGUGUCGCCACGACACGUAACGCCGUGCCCGCUCCUCAUUUCGGAGCGGAUCCCGAGGAGGGCGUAAGGGCGAAAAGUGCACCAGUACCUUUUUUUCUACGCUUGUCUUCCCUCCCUCUCUCUCCGCACCUCGGUGGCGCGGGAGAUCAGCCAGUGUUUUAGUGCCAGUGUUUAAAGUCUACCUCAUGUCGGCGGUUUGCGGCCGAUAAAGCAUAUUUAACAGAAAGCGAAAGAAAAAAUAAAUACAAGGAGACAGGUGUAAGCGCGUAGUCUUUACGUUUUGUGCGUGAGUUCUGCGAUAGAGAGCGAAGUUAUUAUCAUAAAUAUGUCUCUGGAUAAGUUCGCGGAAGGCAGUAUGCUGCAGAAGGACAUGGAGCGUCUGGAUAUUGGAGAGGAGAAGAAUGGUGAUAGUCCAAGCAGCAGUGGGGUUGCUAAAGUCCUUGUGAGCAAUCUACCGGCUCAAAUACGAGUAGAAGACCUGGAUCUGCUGUUCUCCAACUACGGCCAGGUUCAGAACAUCGAAAAAGUGCCGUCGCGGGAUCCGAACACACAAAGCGUGCUCAUUAGCUAUGAGACGCAAGAGCAAGUACAGCAGGCUGUGAACCAGUUAAAUGGCUACGAUUUCGACGGCAAUCCGUUGAAAGUGGAGAUGUCCUCGGCGGAGAGCCGACGCAGGGGCCGCAGCCAACGCAGCGGCGGCGUGGCCUUCUCCGGGCUGCCGGGUUCCGGUCGCCAGACCGAUUUCCCGCUGCGUAUCCUCGUCCAAUCCGAUAUGGUUGGCGCCAUAAUCGGCCGACAGGGUUCCACCAUACGGCAGAUCACGCAGAUGACGCGCGCCCGGGUCGACGUGCACCGCAAGGACAACGUUGGCUCCCUCGAGAAAGCCAUUACCAUCUACGGCAACCCCGAGAAUUGCACCAACGCCUGCAAGAAGAUCCUGGAAGUCAUGCAGCAGGAGGCUAACAAUACGAACAAGGGUGAGAUUACCUUGAAGAUCCUCGCGCACAACAAUCUCAUCGGUCGGAUCAUCGGUAAGGGCGGCAACACGAUCAAGAGAAUCAUGCAGGACACCGAUACAAAAAUCACCGUCAGCAGUAUCAACGACAUCAAUAGCUUCAAUCUCGAACGCAUCAUCACGGUUAAAGGAACGAUCGACAACAUGAGCAAAGCCGAGUCCAUGAUCUCCAGCAAGCUCCGCCAGAGCUACGAAAACGAUCUGCAAGCUAUGGCUCCCCAAAGCAUGAUGUUCCCCGGCUUGCACCCGAUGGCCAUGAUGUCCACCGCCGGCAUGGGCUAUAGUUCUCGUGGACCCGGCCUCUACGGUUCGGGACCCGCCCCAUAUCCCUACCAGAGCAGCCUGCCUACUCAACAGGGCGUCCCCGCCAGCGAUACCCAGGAGACGACUUUCCUCUACAUUCCCAACAACAGCGUCGGCGCCAUCAUCGGCACCAAGGGCUCCCACAUCCGUAACAUAAUCAGGUUCUCCGGCGCGAGCGUGAAGAUUGCUCCCCUUGAGCAAGAUAAGCCGGCUGAGCAACAGACUGAGAGGAAGGUCACCAUUGUGGGCUCCCCGGAAUCUCAGUGGAAGGCCCAGUACUUGAUCUUUGAAAAGAUGCGAGAGGAGGGAUACGUCGCCGGCACCGAAGACGUUAGACUGACCAUUGAGAUCCUCGUGCCCAGUACUCAGGUUGGCCGAAUCAUCGGCAAAGGUGGUCAAAAUGUGAGGGAGUUACAGCGCGUAACCGGUAGCGUUAUUAAAUUGUCAGAACAACAAGCGACUCCUCCCUCAGCUGAGGAGGAAACAACUGUCCAUAUAAUCGGUCCCUUCUUCUCCGUUCAGUCGGCACAGAGAAGGAUCCGCGCGAUGGUACUGCAAUCGGGCACGCCCGGUGGAACCGGCGGUGCUGGCUCACGCGCCGGUCGCGGUAGCAGCCAGGAGGGUGCCUCCCGUUCUAAAAGAGAUGGCAGCGCCACUUCUCAGGGCGGCACGACGUCGCAACCCAGCUCCCAACAGCAGUCUAUCGGCUCGCCAUCGAGCCAACAGCAGCAACAGCAGCAGCAGCAGCCGCAGCCGCCAUCAUCGCCUCAGUAACAUUAACAUCGAUGACACCGACCUGACGCGGACCGACGCCACAAACGCCCAUCCGCUUCAUUCGCCGGAGUGGCCUCGUCGUCGCUUUGACAUUCUCUCUCGUCGAGAGGCUGAGCUUAUCGCGACCUCCUCCUCUCGCGGGGCGCGCGCGAUUCUCCCUGACGGGGGAGAACUUCGAACGAGGGUGCGCGACGCGCAGAUCGCGACGGGAAGACGCGCGGCAACGUUCUGAGAAUUAACUCGACCGAGAUCCAACAACAAUGUUCGCGGACUCUUCCGACUCUGCGAGAUAAUUCUCGGUGGUAACAGUUCCCGUGCUCAGGUUCCGUGGGUCAGUUUUAGAAAUGAUUCACGAGUCCCAACUCGACGAAUCAUCGGGAAUUCUAACGAGUGCUCGGCGAGUCCACAAUUCGGAGAGUUAAUUCUGAGAAUUCGAAUGAAGAAUUCUAAUUCCAAAGAUUCUAAUUCCAAGGCUUGAUUGUUGUAUGAGUCAAUCUGAAGAGUCAACGAGGCCCCGGGCCCUCCGCUCGAUUCGACACGAGCGCUUUUAAUUCGCGGUCGAUGUUAAUCACAUACGAAUGAUUAAUUUGUCUUAAAGUGUCCUUGUCGACAAUUAGGACAUAUUGCGAGUGGAUCAGUCGCAUUCGGUAUUCGGUUGAAACGAUUGCGAUUCCGAGUCGCAAAGCUCUCGCGGCACUGCUAAGAGAAGUAAUGACGAAGAUGCGAUCGAUCGGAGGAGCACCGAGCGUAUAUUAUACGAAUCUGGCUUUAUCCAGGCAGACACUGCCCAUACGCGAUCGCUGACUCUCACGAACUCCCGUCCUCGUUGACGAGGACCGUGGCGUUUUCCCCUUCGCUCUACGCGUCGCGCCUGCGUCCCGCGCGCACACCCCCCGCGAUAGCGACGAAGCGACAACACACAGCCGCGCACGACCCAAUUUCGCAGCGCUAACGAAACCACCGCCGCCGAUGAAAUAGGAUACUUCGACGAGAAACAAACUGAUUUAAAAAAAAAAUAGAAAAAAAAAAGAAAAACACACACAACCUUAUUACCUCAUUGCAUUACGGUUAAAGAUUUAAUACGAUAAAGGAAAGUGUGAAACGCGCGGGAGAAGCGAUAAACCGAUUAAUCUAAAAAAAAAAAAGAAGUCUAUCUAAUAUUAAAGUUAUUAAUAAUAUACAGAGAAGUUAAGUGACAAUUACAUAUUAUGUUAUAUCUGUUACUACUACUGCAACUAUUACUAUUAUUAUACUACCUACUACCUACCUACUACUAUUAUCGCUGUAUACUAUUUACUUACUUCUUACUAGUACUACAGAAGGAAAGCGGAUUUUCUUAAAAAAAAAAGAAAGCAACAAAAAACACAGAUUAGAUACAGUUCUUUUAUACACACAAUUCAGAGACGUUGAACGAUAAUAUGAGACUUAACUAAUACCGAGACCGUGUAUCGCGGAACGGCAAUCCGUUGCCGGUCGUAGACAUAAGCCAGGAUGCCUCAGGAGGAGAAGGGAAUAGAAGCGACCCCCGCGCCCCAACCCGCCCCUCCUCGCACGUAAUACCAAAGAAGCGACUAUGAGUUAUUUCGUAUUAGUGAAGUGAAAUGCGUCGUGUACGCUCUAUUCGCCUCAAGUUCCUCAUCAAGAGCCACGAAAGAAGGAAGAAGAGAAAGAAAGGGAGAGGGAUUAGAUACGAGAAUGAGGGAGGGGAAAUCGAUGAGUAGUCAUCAAGAUGUCGAAAACAACGCCGACAAGACAUCGAGUCGCUUGGCAUGAAUGAUUGACGAUGAAGAAGAAGAAAGAGAGAAAGAAGAGAAUAAAAAAGGGAAGAAAGUAAAAUAGGAGACGAAAGUCCGAUCGUAUAAUACCACAUCGGUAUACGACACGGAUGCCGUUUUGUGCCACGUUUUCAAAGAGUGUAACUAAAGGACGUUUUUCAAAUACAUGGAGAGAAUGAAAAAGCGACUGUCGCGCGGUACGCAACGAAGAACAGCGAGUGAAAGGGAAAGAGAGAGCAAGAUAGAGAAACACAAAAGGAAGCAAAAGAGAGACAGACGGCGAGCGAAGGAGGGGUCGUAAGGGACAAAAAAAAGUGAACAGACAAAACUUUUCAGGGAUUUUUACUUUUACCAUGAAUGUAAUAAUGUGUGAGUGUGCGUGUGUUGAAUAAUUAUUAAUUGAUAAGUAAUUUGAUUACUGAUUAGAAGUUAAACGGCGAGGAAAGAGUAAGGGAGAGGGCUUAAUGAGAGAUAGGCAAGAGAUAGAGGGUAGGAGAGGAAGAAUAGAGGGACAAAUGGGAGAGUGAGGUGUCGCGACGUUUAAUCGCGACAUUUACUCUCGCCGCGGAUGGUGUGUCGCCGAGACGAGCGUCGAGACGGAGCCUCCGCGAGGCGUCCCCCGACGAGCCUGCGAACCCCGUAAUUUUUGCAAAUUAUAGCUGUUAGAGGCGCGCAGGAUCGGUCGGGCGCGGAGAACCGCGGAGCGCAACGAUCUCGAUCUCGCAUCGAUAUCGCGACUUGCAACGCGUAUAAUCGGCCAUUAUUAUCCCGUUGCGUAGAGCCAAGAGAUUUCUUUUGAGAUCGAGGAUAAUCCGAGGAUAACGCGCAUACGUUCGACGAGACGAAA